CUCAUCCAAUCAAUCAAAAAAUUUAGUAACCGACCAAUCCAAGCACAGCUGCAUACAAACAUUCAAAAAUGGCUGCAAAUCGUCGAAAGCAGGAUGAUAAAAAUUUAGAAAUUUUACGUGAACUAAUUUCUGUGAAUGGUAAUAAAUAUUGCUUGGAUUGCAACCAAAGGGGUCCAACGUAUGUUAACACGACGAUCGGUUCCUUCGUGUGUUCAAAAUGUUCGGGAAUGUUACGUGGGCUGACGCCGCCGCAUCGAGUCAAGUCCAUAUCAAUGGCUACGUUUACUCCAGAAGAGUUAGAAUACAUAAAAGCGAGGGGUAACGAUUAUUGCAGGCGCGUGUGGUUAGGCCUGUACGAGGGUGAAAGUGUGAACUUUACUGACGAACAAAGCGUGAAAGAUUUUAUGUCUGAUAAAUACGAGAAGAAACGAUACUACUUGGAUUCGCCAUUGGGUAAUUUAGUCGUAAAUGGCAAUUCAUCAAUGAAGAAUAAAGCGAAAAUAAAAUUGAACAAUGCAGCAAGCUCUACUCCACUGAUAUCAAUUUCAGCGGCUUUGCCACAGACGUCGAAAGCUACAGUAAAUAACAAUACAAUGAGUCAGGCGAAAGUGGUGAACAAUACACAUCCUGCUCUCAAUGAUUCAAGCCAUAGAGUGGCUAGGCCAGUUAAUAACUUCUCUCAGCCACUGCUAAACAAUAUAAGCAUGCCUACAUCAACAUCCAUCACAGCUUCAGUACCUGAUUUUCCUGUUGAUUUCUCUACAGCAAACAUUUAUAACAGCAGUCAAUACAACAACAACUCAAACAAUUUUACAAUGCAAUCUGCCGCCUCUACCCCUAUGUUCAAUGCUUUUAAUACUCCAACAUCAACAUCAAAUGAUCGCUAUGCUGCCCUUGCAGAUUUGGAUAUGGCAUUACGACAACAAAAUUUAAAAAUUAUGGAGGAAGGUGGCAAUAUAAGCAAUAAGAAUCCAUUCCAAAGUUCAACUACCAAUGACCUGUUUGCUAAUAGUAAAAAUCCCUUUAAUGGAGGAUGGAGUACUGUUUCAGCGCAUUCAGUUCCAGUUAAUCCAUUUAUGCCAUCGCCAAACAACACAGGGAUUAUAAACUCAAAGAAUCCAUUCCUCUGAUAAGUACUUGAAGAAGUCAAGAGUCGAAUCAGAACAUGAGAACAAAUGAAUGCAACAAAAGCACAAACCAAGCUACAAAGUUAAUGUUAAAAAGUAAAAUUAACGAUUAAUUUAUUAAUGCCAUAGAUGGUAAUUUCACGUUUAACUGUUUUCAGUGUUUAUAUCUGAUUACAGAAUGUGCUUAUUAUGGUUGUAAACUUAAGUGCCUCGAUCUGCCUUAAAUAUUUACAAAGAAAUUAUUAAAAAAGAGAGCUGUCGAUUUUUUAAAUGGCUGCUUAUAGUAUUUUUUAUCGAUUUUAAGAGAUUCAGAUGAAUGUAUGUAGUAAACCUAUGUAAUGUAUGGAUGUAAUGAAUUACGCUGGUCCUAGCUUUUCUAAAUUAUUUUUAUCAAUUACUUUUAUAAUAAGAUUUUGACAAAGCUGUAUUAUUUGAUUCAAACGACCAGUUUGUGCCUUGAAGAAUUAGAUAGGUGAACCAAUAAUUGAAAUUUAGGCUUGGUUGCUACGCCAUAUCGAUUUUUCGAGUUCUAUAUUAUCUGCACUUAUUUCGUGUUGUCAAUUGAUAGGUACAUGAAUAGUUGCUAUAAUCAACAGUCAUUAGGAGAAAGUAACUUACUAUAAGUAAAUUGGCGAUUAGUGUACCUAUGUACUGUAAUUUUGCUGUAACCGUUAGAGAAUGUUGGCAACUGUAGGCGCCGACUGAAAUGUUUUUAGGUUGAGUAUCAAACGUACCUGGUAACUUUGCUUAAGAUUGUUUGACUGUUUAAGUCUCCAAAUCUGCAUCAAAGUGUUUCUUUACUUAAAUAUAUCAACUGCCAAAAAAGCUUUGUCGCAUAGCGCAAUAACACGUUAACCACAAAGAUUAAUAGCUGAAUGAAAAUAAGUUAACAACUUACUCGCAUAAUAGAGACACACUAUUGCUCUCUAAAUCAAUGCGACCUUUUCUAUCUUCAGCACUCGCGUAUAUAUUAAUAAAUUAUUCUUACUAUCCGGCCUCAGCGGCUCAAAAUGAGUACUUCAUAUCAUAAUAUUAUUCACAUACAGAAUAGAGCCAUCGUUAUUGGAGCUUUGGCAGUUGAUAUUUAAGCUAAAAUAAGAUAUCGUAUCGUAAAUGCUGUUGCUCUUUUAUAUUAUCAAACACAUUCUUUUUCAGUCUUCAUUAUUUAAUUAAAAAUAAGAUAUACAUACGCGUUUAUUCCUACUUUAAUAUAAUGACAUUUUAUUUUCAGCAUUGUUAGCUUUAAUUCUUUAGAUUUUGCUUUUUAAUAAUUUUUAUAUUUUACAAAUUCGACAAGUGAUUUGAAAUUGAAUGUUUUGUAAUGAAGAUGGCUCUCAAAUGUACUUCAUCUGUGAUUGUAAUCAGUAAUUUUAUUUUUACUCACAAUGAGCUCACUUGAACAAUUUUAUUUUCUAAUCGAUGCACUUGCUAUUUAUUUAGUUCUUAAUGUAAUUGUUUUUUAUACUAUUUGAGCACUAAGAUCUGUUAAUUUGUAUAAAAGUUGUAAAAAAUUAAUCACUAUUAAAUUUUUUAUUAAA